GCUCCUGCACUUCACCUUCAGCGGUCACCAUCAUGCCGAAACAUUAUUGCGAUUAUUGCGAUGUCUUCUUGACUCACGACUCGACAUCAGUUCGCAAGGCACAUAAUAGUGGUCGUAAUCAUCUCGCCAAUGUCAGGGAUUACUAUGCCUCUCUUGGUCAUGACAAAGCGCAGAGCAUCAUUGACCAAAUCACAUCAGCUUACGAGUCUAGCGGCGGACCUCCUCCCGGAGGCUUUGGUUUCGGCCCUCAACACCUUGCGCCUCCAGCCCCUGGGUUUGGGGGUCCACCGAUGGGCUUUGGAGGUCCCGGAGGCCCUCCGCCAUACGCUCGUCCUCCAUUCCCUCCUAUGAUGGGUCCUCCAGGUGCGCCCCCUUUCCCUCCAGGUAUGGGUCCUCCCCCUCCAGGUAUGGGCCCGCCGGGUAUGGGUCCUCCUCCACCGGGAAUGGGUCCCCCGGGCGGCUUUAACCCAGGUCCGCCACCUUUCCCGCCGACUCAGGGUGCACCGACGGGUCCUCCGGGCUCGAUGCCUCCAAGCGGUAAUUUCCCUCCUCCCGGUCAAGGUCCUCCAGGAGGUGGUUUCAGCGGUCCUCCUGGUGGUUUUCCCCCAUCUCAAGGUCCACCAUCUGGCCAGGAUGGAUCUGCCGUACCUGGCGUACAUCCUGACAGACUUCGAAUGAUGGGUGGAAGGUAAAACAUCGAGCUAUAGUUCAAUUCACAUCUUGCGGUACCACCGAGGAGCAUCGGUUUGUUUUCUUCUGGUUAGUAUGAGUUCACUGCUGCAUAUUGUUUCUCUGAUUCUCUGUAAUACAACUCUCUGUCAUGCAUAUCUUGUAAGUGUCGUGAUCUCUAUAUCUAUCUUAUUGAUGAUACAAAAGGUCAUGAGGCUCUUCAGCUGCUUAGUUGAUCCUGAUGUAGAAUAGAAUAGAUGUGUACUGGAGCUGAAACUGGUUUAGAGAACUAGGCAGAAUUGAAUUGAAUUUGAUCGUGA